UUCUCGCGAGGGCAAGUCCAUUGAAUUUUUCUCCGCGAUUUUUCGGAAAUUGUGCAAUUUAGAGCGCUCGGUGCUCCCGGCAGGUGGCUUCGACGGGCUUCUAAGGUGAUUCGCGAUCGGUGCGCGUUCGAGUGCGGUGCAAGUGAGACCCCACGGGGGUAAUUUCUGUGAAAAACAGUGCAAAAGGAUAGGAGCAGGAAAAUUGAAAAUAUAUCUUCAAUCCAAUCCUGAGGCUACAGCAAAGUGUGAACGAGUGGAAAGAGAUUGCUGGAAGUUGGUUGUGUGGUUGAUUACGAAUUGCUUCGCUGAAAGGCGAAUGUGACAGAGAACAUCUUUAGAGACGAUUCAUCGCACAAAUCUACGCACAGCUGAAAUCAAUCCCUGGCCAGCCGUUAAGGACGGUUGGGCAUCGUAAUCACACCCAUCGCUUGAAUCAUGGAUUAUCGCAAGCCAACAGUUGAAUACUGAGAUCGGCGCAUGAGGACUAAGAAACAGAUUGCAGCAGCCGCUGCGGCAGCAGCAGCGGCAGCUGAGAAGAAAAAUGCAUGUACCGCAUCAGCUACGGCCAGCAACGCCGCCACGGGUAGUCAGAUAAAGAAAUCGCUCAAACGUCUCCAGUCGAAAGCCAAAGAAGUUCCUCCGAAAUCAAUCGACCCGCUAGCUUCUGCCAAUGGCGAGCAGCAGUCAAAACAACAACAGCCUCAACCUCAUCAUCAGCAGCAGCAAACGAGCUCCUCGAAGGGAAAAUUAGCAGCCAAGUCGGUGGCAAUCCCCAAGUCCCCUGUUCCUACCAAACCGUCGUCGCAUCACACCGAGUUGUCCCAACCACCAGCAGUCUCGUCAUCUCCAGCCGCCACCGUCACUAGGGUAAGCAAAACUGUCAGGAAUGCUGCCCCCUCAGGAGCGGAUGAGAGUUCUUCGACCCACGUCACCGCGAAGAUUGGGGCCAAACAUGAGAGUAAAAAGGUGGACACGGCCAGAGGGAAGAAAGGUUCGACCCCAAUCGGAGGAGACAAAAAGGCUCCCGCUGCGACCGCCACCGGUGCCGACAGGAAGAAGAUACAGAAGGAGUUAAAAAAUUUGGGCAUUACCGAUCGAGCUAUCAAUCAAAUCGACACGGCAACAGUUGAAUGUAAUCCGUCAAUCAGCGAGAUGGUUAAAACCAAGUCGCGUGCCACUGUCAUGCAGCAGAAAUAUAGCGAGCUUGGCUUUAUGGGUGGGCCCAUGGGGUCCACUCAAAAGGCAACCGCCACUGCAGGCUCAUCUAAGCAGGAAGGAUCACUGCUUCCAACAAUGGGCAACAGCAGCAGCGCCAGUGAACAUAACAAACCUGCUGAGGCUGCGCCUUCGGUCGCCACUUCAUCGAAGAAAAAAUCCACUCAGAAAACAAAGGACACAACCCCGGUGAAAGAAGAUCCGAAGAGGGAGGUUGCGGUGCGGGAGGAAGGUGUUAAAAACAAAACCUCAGUCACGGCUCUCCCAACACCAUUCUCGUCUAGCACCGGUAAAGAAGAUGUCAAAGUGCCGGCCGUAACGAAAAACACAAACGAUAGCAAAACCAAGGCGAAAAAGACCGAAAGCAAAGAUGAUAAUGAUGGCACAGAGCCGAAAUCGACGAAGAGAAUCACGACCGUUCCCAGACCGAAGACCAAAUCUAAGAAGGCGGUCGCCAAUGAAGAGCGGAAGGCGGUGGAACUGGCGAAACCUGCAGGGCAGCCGGUCCCCGUCGAAGUGGUGGAUGCUAAACAUACCGAGAGUAAACCAAAAUUUGAAGAAGAAAAAACAUGCUCUCUUGAGAUCGAGUCGGACGAAAAGAAUGAGGUCGAAAGUCGGAUACAAAGCCGAAUCGAGGACAUUGUGAAGGCGCUCGAGGAGGAGGAUGAAGAGCACGAGCCGUUUUCCAUGGGGAACGAGAUAAAUCUGGGAUAUACCCCAGUCGAUAAAGUGCAAUUGGAAACAGGUGAGCGAAAACAAACCGGAAGUGUGGUAACUAAGCCAAAAUCAUCUAAAGCUGACGCGAACAGAAAGCCGAGAAAGGCGCCAGCAAAGAAAAAGAAACAUACCGAUAGUGGGAUCCAAGAUGAGGGUAAGGAAAUUUUGAAUGAGGUUCUCCCCUCCAAAAGUGGCGAUUUAAAUACCUCUGAUCAAAAAUUCAUGGAAAAACCAGCCGCGUAUGACAUUAGUCAACAAAACAUCGAAUCAACGGACGUUUCUAGUGAAAGAAAUACGAAUUCAUCAACCAAGCGGAAGUAUGUUAAAAAGCCAAAGGAACCGGUGGCUGUUGUUCAGAAAGAGAGUAACAAUUGCAAUACACCUAAUCCACCUGCAUCAUCGGCUAAGAAAAAGAAAGUUAAUUUCCAGAAACCCUCAGACCUACUUGAACAAGCGGCGGAUGUUGCAAACAGUGUCUCUAAUGAUCCUGCCCCACUAUCGGUGGAAUCUACACCCGUACUGGUGAGUUCCGCAUCCAAUAUUGAAAGACCUAUCCCAGAAGAAUUUACCAGCGAAUUCAUACCUCCGGAGAAACCCACGGCUUCUCCCGAACAUCCUAAAACUAUAAGAUCUUCCACCGAAAACGAUGAUGAUGUCCCUCUAAAUCGGCUUAAGGAUCAGGUCAAAACGCAGACUGGGACACCUGAGAAAGUGCCCACACUCGGUGAGUGCACACCCACCACUUCGGGCAGUUUGCUGGCGGCUGCUUCACAGACCAAACAACCGGCGAAGGUGAAGCGAAAAUAUAUCCGCAAGAAUCCCAGCAGUGCUCCAACUUCCGGUGGCAAGAAAAAGCCCCAAAAAGAAGCUUCAUUCGCUAGUACUUCCAGGGAAGCGAAAGACAGCAAAGCGGAGAAAAAAGAUGUGUAUGACUUUGUAGACGAUUCUGAGAGUGACAUUGAGAGUCCGGUGAAGGCGGGCAAACCUAUAUUCAAGCGGAAACCUCUGGAUGCCAGCUCACUGAAGGCUGAUGAAGAUGAAGGUGAGCAGCAGCCACCGGAACCGCCGGCUGGUGUGAUGGAAUCGUUGCAGGACGUCGAGCAGGAGGUUAAGGAAAAUCCUCCGAAGGAUGAAACAGUUCUUGAGAAGGAAGAUUCGGAGGACGAGAAGAAAAUAAAGAGGCCGCUUAACAAACCGACGAAAUCAGUGGCAGCAAGAGCACGAGUGGCCUCGACGGUAUCAUCCGAUUCGGAUGAAUCUGAUAAUGAUGAUGAUGAUGAUAAUGAUGCUAAGGGCGCCUCAGCGGACGAGGAAGCCGGUGAAAGUAUCAAGCAAGAGAUGCAGGACAGCUCGGAUGACUCGGAUGGGUACUCUUCGGAGGAAUCGGUCCGCACGCGGAUUGUUAAGAAACGACAAAAUGCCAAGAAGCGUCAUGUGAAGCUGUACGGAUUUUGGACUGGACCGAAGCGGCACCGGAUGGCAUCGCUAAACGCCAUUGCCAAAGUGCACUGCCUGUAUGAGAAUGAAUCCCGGGCUGCGCUGGAAGCUAGCUUGAUGAAACAGACGCCGGCAAGGGUUAGGCCGAGUCCAAGCGCAAGCAAAGAGGUGAAGAAAGAGAAAAUCGAAGAGAGUGAGCGGAAGGAGCCGAAAGAAGAAAAGAAAGUAAAGGUUGAGAGGAAGAAGGAUAGUGGUGAAGAGAAACGUGACGAAGAGGAGGAUGAUGGCAGAAAAGACGACGAAAAUAAGCAGAAGGAAAUUAAUAGAACACUGAAGGAAGAAGAGAAUCCUCCACUUAAGGAGGAAAAGAAAAAGACAUGCAAGAAGUCGGCCGAGCCGAAGGAAGAGAAAAAGAAAGAAGGUAAGAAGAUAGAGGUCAAGGAAGAGAAAAAGGAUGACAAGAAACAGGAAACGGAAAGGCGCAAGGAAGAAACUGGGAGUGAAAGUGAAAGUGAUGAGUCAUCGGAGGAGGAAGUUGUCACAAGAACGCUGAGAUGUGUUCCUGGCCUCCGUGGAGCGGGGAAACAUUGGGAUCCAAACGCUUCUAGUAUGGAAUCCGAGGGUGAUGAUCUUCCAGAUUCGGAUGAAACUUACGCACAGGGCAAAGACACUGACCCAGUGAAAAAGCGCAAGGUCAAGCGUAAAGCGGUAGCCAAAAAAGCCAAACCCAAGGCAAAAUCUAAGGCGCCGGCCAAGAAAAUCAAAAAGGAAACCAAAGCAGCAGCAUCAUCGGAUGCAGAAAGACAAACCGAAAAUAGCGACUCGUCUUCUUCAGAAGAUGAGAAGGCACCGCCCUCGAAGCCGCCACAGUCUUCCAAGGCCGAGGAUGCGAAAAAGCGAAAGCGGGAGCCCAAGGAGAAGAACCAGGUGAUUGAGGUUCUGGGUAAAAAGCGAAUGGCAAGCCUGAACGCCACUGCCAUGCUGGCGGCGACUUACGAGGUGCAAAGGAUCCUGUAUCGAAAUACGGACUCAGAUUCGGAUAGUCCACCCGAAAAGCCCAAGCCAAAGAAGGCGAAGGAGCAGAAGGAGACGAAGGAUAAAGAGGCAGCCAAAGCGGAGGAAAAGAAGGAAGGCAAAACGACGAGUGGGUCUAAGGAAGAAUCGAAGCCGGAAGAAGGCGCAGAAAAGACAAAGUCUCCUGAGAAAGAAAAACCCAAAGAGAAAGAACUGGAGAAAAACAAAGAUGAAGCUGAAGUGGAGGAACGAACCGUUACAAUAAAAACUGAACCCUUGCGUGACAGAAAUAAUGAAACCGAAAUUAAGCAUGAACUUGAAGAGCCCCGCCCGGUAUCCAGUAACGUUGUUAUCGCCCAGGACACGGAAGUUACAAUUACCGGGGUGUACGUAAAUUCCACCCUUGGAACCAACCAGGAAGCUUACUGUAAAAUGCAGUAUCGCGUUCAGCAGAGCGUAACCGAGGAGAGAUUGGUGCGCCCGGGAGAAGCGCCACCCAAAUCCUACACGCCGCUGACAGCAUUGUCCAGUAUGCGUCCACCAGCCGAUCAAAAUAUAACAACACCGCCACUGUUCGGCUCAACAUCACAGUGCGAAUCGCCGCUUAGUUUAGGACCUCCGCGGUCAUUCUACCCACCGCCCACGUCCUCGUCCGGAAGUUCCAGUGCGUUUUGUGCACCAAUACCGCACGAUAGUCCAGGCUACUAUCAACCGGCUGGCCCACUGAUAUCGCCCCAUCUGUUGCCACAACCACCUCAAGGUCCGCCCAGUACGACAUCACAGCACAGUACAAGCAGCAGUAGCAUCACUAAACAUCCCCCGGAGUCUGAUUCCCCCGUACAAUCGCUCAUACAGCCUCCGUCCUCGUCGACAGCGGACAGUACCGAUAGUGAUGUGUUGCUGACGGGUGGCGAUCUAACAGCUCGCUCCCAGCCAUACCGAUACGGCCCGUCCGGUCCGCCUAACCUGUACCCCCGUCCGAUACAGAUGCACUGUCCACCACCGCAUCACCUGGCGUCCAACUACUACGCGGCCCCUCCGUACAGUCAGUAUCCGCCGGAAAUGUACUACACGCAUGCGUACCCACCGGCGCACUUCUAUCCCAAAUUUGCCCAGUAUUAUCCGGGCCGACGGUACUACCCAGGCCAUCCCGGUCCGGCCGACCAUCUGUACGAGCAGCCUCCACCGCCGUCUAGUGCCCCCGUACCGCCACCGGCCGGCGCACAGCUUGUACCAGCGGGUCCACAAGGACCGCCGCAGCACAUGGAACACUAUCCCGGUCCGCCGCCGUAUCCAUACCCAGGCUACGGUAGUCCCGGCCCGGGGCCUGGUGGUCAGUGUUACUCCCGUAACCUACAGCCUCCGCCGUAUAUGGAUGCGCACUACACGACGAACUGUCCCUGUCCGAUGCAGUCGUGUCCAAAAAACGUCAAUGCUGGGUCCCUUAUUGGUAUCAAGGCCAGUAAGGGCCCAGUAACAGCCGUAACAACCCCAAACCACCAUCAUAUCGCCACGACCGGAGCCAACUCCGUCGUCCACACAUCAGUAGCCAACAGUAGUGGCAGCAGUGCGAAUAGCUACACCACGAACAACAACACCAGCAUCAGCGAACCAAUCGUUAUCUCUUCUGGUUCGUCUACGUCAUCCUCGCCUCCACCGCUGGACAUUCACUCGCCAAUCACGCCUCGACCGGACUUGACGACAUCUUCCUCUCCUGUCGUAAUUCCACCAGCGGCAUUAACCGCAAUCAGUUCACCAACCACAGACACCGCUCCGAGCGUCACUACUGCCGGUAUAACGGCAGUCACCACAACCACAGUCACAACAACCGAACCAAAUAUCGCGCCGAUCGUCAAGCCAGAAAGUAGAGACUCACAUCAGCUCGCCGCUGAUUAUCACCUGCACCAUCAUCACUAUCACCACCUUCAUCGCCCCUCGGCUCCUCCACCCACGCAUCCGCUCCAUAACCUCCAACUUCCCUCCGAAAAGCUAUUGAGCGAAGUGAAAGAGGAACCCUCCACGCCAACACUCGAGACCGAAUCCAAGUCUAUGUCCAAAAACAUUCCCAAGCUGCUCUCGCCGCUAGGGGGAACGACCACCCUGGUCAAGCAGGAGAUAGCGGAGAUCAAACAAGAACCCAAGCUGGUGGUGGUGACUUGCAAGAAAGAAGACUUCGAGGAGAACGGACCGGCGAUGACGCCCGAUCUGCUCUUCGAUGAGGCCCUAAUCAAGAAAGAAGGACUGAUGACGGAACUUCUGCAGCUGCAGCCGGGUCGGGUCGUUUUCGCGGAUCAUCAGAAAUUCGACGAUAAAAGCCUGCUAUCCACCAUUCUGACGGCGGAAGCUGACUUAAUGACUGGCAAGGGUACCCCCGAUAGUGAUUGCUGUAGCGGUCACAACAUCAACAACAACAAUAGUGUUAGUAAUGACAACAGUAGUAUUAGUAACGAGAAAGUACAAUUAGUCGAUAGUAUUCUACCUGAUAUUCCGGCGUCCAUGGUCAAGCGGAGACCGUUGCUUGUGGCCUGUAAGAAAACCACGCCGAAAAAGUCACCACCCAACAGCUACAAAAAUUUAAUCAAACGUACAAAUCUGAACGAUGAUAACACCAUCACCGUGCUCAGCGAUGAUGAAGAAGAGGAACCUGAUGAGCAGGGAGCACGUACAAAGCACAAGAGGAAACUGAUUCGAGUGAAACCAAGGAAGUUGCUGAGACGAACGCGACGUCUUUUCGGAACGGAACAGCUGCGUCAUUUGAAGAAAUUUUCUAAAAUCAACCACAACCCCAGGGGCAUGCGGAGAGCCCUUAAGAGGCCCUCCUGCAUACCGAAAAAUCCAGAAGUGCCGCUCAAGCCGGCAGAAUCAGAACCACUUAGUGCCGGUCUUACCGAAACAAUCAUCACCAUCCAGGAUGAUUCGCGGGAUGAUCUGUUUGAACAGGUUCAGGAGCAGAGCGAGUCACGUCGAGCGCAAGAGCCGGAAGAGCGAACCCGACCACAGUCGAACGUGGAUCUGACGAUCGAUAUGGUUGCCAAAGGAUAUUUUUCUGAGCCGGAAAUUUUCUCGUCCGACUCACGUCUGCUCAAGAAGUUGAAGCAGCAGGAGGGACGAUCCCAGUCGGAGCAAAAUCGAGGUAAAAGAGACAGAACUUGUGGUGGUAGCAAACACCAUCAGCGCCACACAUCAUCCAAGAAGGCUAGGAAGCUCGAAUCAUUGCUGGAUGCGGAUUUCGACAAGCGGAAGAGCAAAAGCAAACUUCAAAGCACUGCAUCGCCUGUACUCUUGACAAGAGAAUCAUCACCAUCGCAUGGUAUAAUGGCUUCAUUGGAGGAACGAAGUGACAAAGGCGGAUCUGGAUCGAAAAAAAGAACCAAAAAAGCUGAGAGGGCAAAGUUGAAGCUCAACAGCAACAAGAAGCUGGUGAUCGUUACGUCGCAGCCAAUCGAUCUGGAGCAGGAGAGAGAAGAACAACGAGAAGAUCCGUUGCCAAAGAUGGAAACAUGCACACUCGAACCGGAAACCCCGGCGGAUGAUCGAGAAACGGACUUCGAUGAUGCGGCAACCAUGUUAGUGGAUGACGACGUAAUGAGCGUCGAUACAAAUACGAUGAUAACCCGACACAACAACAAUAACAACAUUGCGGUCGAGAACAAAAACGCCCGCGGAGAACCGGAAUCACAAGAGACAGAGCAUGACCCCCUGUCGAUUGCUGCUCAAGGAACGCCGCAGCAGCUGACUGAGACUUUGGUUGUCAGCGAGAACAAAGUAGAUGCCAUAGUAGAAGACGACGAUGAAGAAGACGACGACGACGAGGAGGAAGUUAUGCUAGCUAAGAGAUUUGCCAAAAAAGGUUCCGCGUCAUGCAAGCGAACGUCCCGUUCGAGGUCCAAGUCCAAAUCCAGGAAGUUUAGCACAAAGAAGCGGCACCGAAUAGCCAGGGUGGCCGAAGUGGAGGAAGUAAUAGUGCCAAGAAAAUGUAACAGUGUACCUCGAUGGAGCAAUGGAUGGACGUGGGAGGGACCAUCAUUCCAGGGGAAGGUGUUUUUGAACAGCGACGAUCCACCGGUCCUACGAACCUGUUACUUCGCGAUGCGACACUCGGAGGGGGAUAUUAUCAAACCUCGCGACUGCGUGCUACUGCGGGCAGGCAGCAAGCGAGCUGAGCUCCCAUAUGUCGCCAAGGUGGCACAUCUUUGGGAGAACCCUGAAGAUGGUGAAAUGAUGAUGUCUCUUCUCUGGUACUAUCGACCCGAACAUACGGAACAGGGACGACAGCCAACGGAUGGACCGGAUGAAGUAUUUGCCUCUCGCCAUAAGGACCACAACAGCGUUGCGUGUAUCGAAGACAAAUGCUACGUGCUGACGUUUAGCGAGUAUUGCAGGUUCCGCCGUCUGCUGAAAGGUUUCGAAGAAAACAUAGAAGAGCACCCCUCGAUAGUUCCUCCCCUGCGGCGGGAGAACGUCCGCUUGCCGCCGCCCAUCGUUUCGCCCGAGUUGGUGAUGUACUGCCAGCGAGUAUACGAGUUCCGCUUGAAACGACUGCUCAAAACGCACUCCUAGUGUCGGAAUUUGGCGGCCGAGCGAUGGGUUCCAGCGAAGCCGCCAAUAGCCACCAGCCGAGAGCAGCAGCCUCACCACCAGAAGCAACCUCAGCAAAAGUCUCAUCUGCGACGGAGCAACGGCCAGAAACAGCCAACCAUGGUGGAACAGCAGCAGCAGCAGCAGCAGCAUCAGUAACAAUCAAACCACAUAUCCGCAGAUUAAAACGCGCCACCCCCUCCCAAGUUGCGUGUAUUUCGGGAGGAAAUACUCACUGAGCGAAACGAGUCCUAUAGUGGCUUAUACCUUCCCAGUUUAUCUAGUCCAGGGGGUGUGCGAACAGCGCAGCAGAACGCAAGCGAACUAUAUUAUACACCCCAGAAUGAAACGUAUUUUAUUCUGACAAACAUUAGGGAAAAUCAACGUAUAGAACGUUCUCAGAGUCUAAAUCAAUUCCAAAAAUGUGUAUUCUGCACGUACUUUUCUGUGUUUACAUCUUUCUUAAAUUCUAUAUCCAUUAUAUUUUUUUUGCUGGAAUAUUCUGCAACUUUUGUAUUAUAUAAUUUAUUCGCCUUUUGCUCUACAUUCGCCAAACAUCGGCAAAUCGAUAUGUUUUCUAUGUUAUCUUUUUUUUUUUGUUACUAAUCUCUGUGGUUAAUAAUAUUAUUUGUAAAUAUUUUUUUUUCACUUCUCCCAACCAUUUCCCGUGUCAGGCACAAAAAGUAUGUGGAAUAAAUCAAAAUCAAAAUCUAAUUCUAAACAAACAAUGUAACUAAGCUAAAGUAAAACUUUUGAACGGUAUAUUUAUUGUUAGAAUUAACAAACAACUGACCGGGAAAGAAAACAUGAGGGUGCAGCACUUCGUCGAUAUGGCACUUAACUGAAAGUUUGUGUUAAUUUUAAAGCAUUCAUAUGACGGGUGAAAGGAAUUUGAAUUUAUAAAAAUAUUUUUUGUUUGUUGAUUGGAGAGAUCUAUUGAUGGCGCGGCUUUCGAACGUGAUUCAGGUUUUCGAUUAGACAGAUGUUAUUAGAUGUUUUUUGGUGUUCUCUGAAAACCCCUUCCUAGCUUCUUUUGAUUUCAUACAACAAUGGUGACCAAUGGCAAACAGUGACAGCAUUUGAAGAUUUCGAUCUUUUUUCCCGGAUACCUGCGUCACGUUCGAGCGUCUUCCAAGGAACACUUCAUGAAAACAUAAAUAUAACAAUACGUUGAUCGCGAACGCCCUAAAUAGCAUUACAUAAUUUUUACUAGUUGCAGUUGUCAGAAAAAAAAAGAAAAGUAACUAUAACUUCUCCUAGGUAUUAACAGCUGCUCGGUAGUGUUUUAACUGUAUUUUGAUUGCCCGUUUUGCGAAUCGGCAAAGGGUCGUCGGAGACUUAGUUAAUACAAAUAUGAAGUUCUAGUAGUAGGGAAGGGUAAAUGAUAAUAACUCGCGAAUGCGCGCAAAAAGAACACAAACAUCCACAAACCAUACCACUAAUUGUUAUCGCUACACUGGGUAUAAAUCAGUACCUUAUAAUUUGAAACAUAACAACAAACGGAAACUUAAUGAAGUAUGGGCAGAGAAAAAAAGCUGAGUAUAUUAAACAAAAAUAUUACAACUAUUAUUAUAUAUUGAAAAAAAAACUAUAUACAAUACUUUUACAGUUAGAAAGUGGAAAACAUUAACAGUGACAUGUAUGUAGAAAAGGUGUAAUAAUCACAGCAUCCGAUUGGUCGGAUGUAAACAACCCGACAGUACUUGUUACUAACCUCCAAGACAGAGUCAUCUCCCUGAGUUAGAGUUAAGCCUAGUUUUAUUCGAAACCACUGAUCACCUUACUCCUUGAAAUGCUUGAAACCCAUAGAAAUCCUUUUGCUAUGUGACAUAAGUUGAAGUAUAUAGUUUCGAAAAUCAAAAUAACUACGCCACAAAUCAAAGCAAAGCGCAAAAAGGACAGUGAAUUAACCCCGUAUUUUCCUUAUAAUCAUCCAUGAAAAUCUGCUAGAGUGUUAAAGCCGCCGCCGCGGACUAAGAAUAGUGGAACCAGUGUUUGGACACAACGUUUGGAGUUUAAGAAUAACCAAAACUAAUCACACAUACGCAAAAGAAAACGAAACAAACAAUUAAUGGAACAUAUUCAGAAUCAAUAAGAGUUUGAUUUUUACACGGUUUUUUAAUCCCGGCUUAUGUAAGAUUCUCCUCUCAGUGACGUAGAUGUUAAACGCGUUCAUUUCUGCUAGAUUUUAGUAGCUACAGUUAAUAUUCACCAGUCUCUACGUUCAAACUAGGAUUCGAGCUAUAGCCCUAAGUUGUAAUUGUAUUUAGCCGUUAAGUUAUAACCUCAAGCGUAUUCUAUGUUUUUCGUAUCGCGAUAGGUUCCGACUAGCGUCGGAAAAUGAUUUUUUCUUUCUGACUCAGCAACUAAAUUGCGUAUGUGUAUUAUAUGUGCGAUUGAUUAUUUCCUAGAUUAGGUACGACUGUUUUAGACACGCUGAGGCAGACGAGAUAAAAUUAAUGGUUUUAAAAUACGCGUCCCCAAACACUACUAUGCUGAAUGGUGAACAACAGGUCUGACCUACACAACAGAAACUAUGUGACAAGUAACAUUGAAAAAAUAUACCAUGAACAACAAAUCAUGAAGCGGAA